AUGUACCUUUCUCCAAACUCCGGCGGGCGCUCGGAUGAAGAGCCGCCACAACAGAGUAAGCGGACCGCCAGAGCUUGUGAUGCUUGUUAUAAGCGAAAGAUAAAAUGCGAUGCUGCAGUGCCCCGGUGUAAUUGGUGUAGCCACCAUGACUCGCCAUGUACGUUCGAACGCAAAGUUCGAAGAACGCGCAAGCGGGCAGUUGUUGGGAAAGAAUCUGCUGCUGUCCCAGGCUCUGAGCUUUCUGAGCGCAUCGCUAGAAUUGAGAGACUUCUUUCCGAGAAGCUUCCUCAAGAGCCUGCAUACACCCCACCGCAGCAACUGCCGUCUAUUUCUCCUGGUCUGAACCUUCCCUUUACUUCCAGUCUGGCAUCCAUGCCACAAUCGUCUGCUUCAUCCUCAGUCCCACUGCAUUUUGCUGGAAGAGAGCUGGGCGCAAUCAGCUUGUUCACAGGGAUCCCAUUUAUUCUCCCCGAGGGCCAGGAGUGGGUGCAGUCACGUACUGGCCAAAAGCUCGCUUUCGAUCAGUUCACGUCGAAUCGAGCCCCAUGGGAAAGGCAGCGAGUGCAGAACUCCAAUGCCAUGCUAAUGCACCUACAGGCACCAAAUGCCCUUGAUCUGCCGAACCGGCACCAUAUCGAAUUCAGUUUCAACGUUUACCGCACGUCUCUAAUGCAACGAGUCUUUCCGGUCGUUGACCCGGUUCUUUUCUGGACUACAAUCGACGCGGCUUACAAGGAACCGUUUUCCGGCUCUGAUGGCGCCCAUGUUAGUUCUAAAGCAAGCAUCUUCGCUUUUGCGACGUUUGUCUCGGGGCUUUGCAAACCCUGCUUUUUAGACCAAGGCACAAAUUUGCCGCGCUUCGAUGAGGAGGCUUGUGUUCUGAAAGCACGAUACCUACUAUGUCAGGUUCUGCAGGAACCUCCAACACUAGAUGGACUACAGGCUGUGGCAAUGUUGGGAAUGUUGGAACUAUUCGCAGGCAACCUGCAAUCUGCGAAUUACUAUGGUUCUAUCUCAGCUCGCAUGAUUUUCAUGCUUGGCGCCCACAUCUUCACUGACCAGCGCUCUUGGUAUCCGGAAUCAUUUACAGAUACAGAGGCGCGCAUCAAGGGACAGCUCCGUAACUUAUUCUGGCUAUGCUAUACCCUAGAACAAGACGUCUCCCUUAGGACAGGACAAGCCCAAUUGUUCUCAGAAGACAACUGCGAUCUCACUCUGCCUCCAGAUUACGUCAAUGAAAUGGAAGCCAGUCUGGAAUUCCACCACACCUCGACAGACUUCCCCCAAAACCCAAUUUUCCCAGUCGACCUCCGUCUAAGCGUCAUUAAAGCACGAGCAUACAGCGCGCUCUAUUCCUUCAAGGCUAUGAAAAAGACGGACGCUGAGAUACUCAAGGAUAUUCGUGAAUUAGAUGACGAACUAGAACGGUGGCGUCUUUCUUUGCCUGAGAAACCAGAUCCAAAUUGUAACAUGCACUCUGUCAUUCUCCGUCUGAAUUACCACCUUUGCAUGACAAUAAUCCACCAAGCGAGCAGUCGCUGCAAAUCAUGGGCGACACAAGGCUGCGUCAUGGACGGUGUGAGCUCCAGUCUCGCUCUGUCUGUUGAGGCAAGCCGCUCUACAUUACUCUACCUCGAGACAUCAGGCCACGUUCUUGUCGAUGGUGUGUUUUGGACCCUUAUUUUCUACCCCAUGUCUGCCCUCCUCGCCAUUUUCUGCAAUAUUCUCCAGAACCCGGCAGACCCGCAAGCAUCCAAGGAUUUGGCCCUGCUAAAGAGUGCAACGGGCAUGCUUGAACGGGUUUUCUUACGGCAGGCGUACUCGGUCAACGAGCUCAUGCAUGUCAAGCUGGUUGCGGAUUUUGUGAAUGAACUGUGUAGACUUGCGACUUGUGCAAUGGAUAAAGCGUGGAAGGAAAGAAUGAGCGGGGCUUGUACGCCUACGUCUUAA